AACGCGCCACAACGUUUUAAAUUCACUUUAAAGAACGAUUUAAAUUUUAAUUACGAAAUCGUAGUUAACGUAAUAUAUUUGGAAUUUAAACCAAUUUUCCACAUAAUUAACGCGAAUAUAAUAUUCCAAAUUGCACGUUUUUUAAACAAUAUAAUAGCGAGAAAAUUAUGGGAAAUAUUUAAAAAAUGUUGGAUUAAUAUAUAUUUAAAACCACCGGAUAUUAUUAUUUAUAAUUAA